UUGUAGACGAAAGUCAAGCAGCAUAGCACCCAUCUUAAGUAAUGUAACUAACUGUAAACGGAAGUGAGAGAAAAAUUUAAUUAAUACCGAAUUUUGCCCCCAUCGUGAACAACCAUCUUUCACUUAAGAAAUAUAAAAUGUUCUUCAGAUAACUUUCUGCUGAUUCUACAAUUACCAUUGCCAAAUCAUAGUGUUUGUACUUUUUCAUUAAGUCAAAGAAAUGGGGGUUAGCAAGAAAUCAUUAGAUCCGCUAUUACAAACACAUUAUGAAAUUUUGGGACUCCAACGAAAUUGUUCUCCAAAGCAAAUAAGGGAUGCUUUUGUUGCAAUAUCAAAAAAGGUUCAUCCAGAUGUAAACAAGGAUGACCCAGAUUGUCACAAGUCUUUCCUCAAAUUAAAUGAAGCUUAUUCUGUACUUUCAAAGCCUUACAAAAGACAAUUGUAUGAUGCUAGUCUUGUGAGUAGGACAUAUGGGACAAUGGAGACCAAUUUCAGUUCAUGGGUAGAAACUAAUGCACCAUUUGGAAAAGUCAAUGAAUUUAGAGAUGAGACUCUUUGGGAAUCAAGAGACAAAAGCAAAGACAAAUAUUACAAAGACAAACCUUAUUAUGGAAUUAAAGGUGUACAAAGGAUAUCUAACAAGUACAUUGCUGCUGGAUGUGUGGUGUUUAUGCUAGUUGGGGCAGCUUUUCAUUUUAUUGUCGUUAAGAAAUCUUCUACCAAAGCCUUGGAAGCGCUCAAUCAGGUUGAUCAAGAAAGUACCAACUGGUAUUUAGAAACCAGAAGAAAAGCUCGUGCAAGUUCCACAAGUGAACAAAUCGAACGGCUGACUAAAGAAUGGGAAGCGAAUGACAAGUUCAAAAAAUAUAGGCGAGUUUCGAACAUUUGCUGUUAUGUUUGUAACUGCCAUGUCAAUAAGCGGUUCGUGUUGUAGAAAAGGAACCUCAAUUUCCGGAUGCGCGGUCAGAAGAGCAUCGUGCCGAACUUAAGAUGCCCAGGGUCAGUAGUGACGUUUUCC